AAACGAUACUAACAAGCUUUACUGUAAAUGUCAUUUUAUCUGAAAUAUUUAUCAUAGACAAAAUAUUAUUAAUUUAUACGAAUUAAGUAACAAGAAUGUAUUCCGAAGAAAAAACUUGUAACACUGGCGGAAGUUUGAAUAAGUAUGGCCAGAAGGCAAUACCCCGUACGCCAUGGAUGCCUGUGGCAGGUCUAGAAUUGGAGAAUGAACCAUCCAAGUUCGUCAAAAGGGUUCGGGCAGGGCUCAAAUAUCCACCUUUAUUCGCUGAUAAGUCAUGGACUAGAAGCGUACCUGAAAAAGAUACACAACAGUAUUUUAAACCCAUGGAGACUAUAGGAGCGGCUAUUAACCCACAAUUACAGGACAUGAGGAUUCAAGAUUUGAAAAGGAGACAUAAGAAGCUUCAAGAAAAUCCUUUGGGACCUGAUGGAAAAUUACAAUAUCCACCAAAAAAACUGAAGUUUGAACAAGAGGAAGGACAAAAGAAAAUAGAUGCAAAAAAACAGAAAGAUAUGAAGUUGGUUGAUAUCGAGGAACUGCUAUCUGGAAGAUAUUGGAAGAAAAGAAAAGAGAAGCAGAAAAUUAAAGAAAAGCAGAAAUCUUUACGGCUUAAGAUGCGUGCUCUUGAAAACACGGAAUUCUUCCCUAACGAAUCAGUAGAACUAGCAAAAAUGCAGGCAUCGUUACCUAUACACCCUGAUGAACAAAAAGCGUAUCUUUUGAAUUUAGCAGAAAUAGACAUGCGGAAAAUGGUACUUCCAUCUUGUAUCAAAAGGAUUAUAUAUUAUUUGACAGAUGGUAUGGAUUCGAAAGUGAUAUCCGAUUUCAGAACAGAAUACAUUAAUAUAGCCAUAGAGAGAAUUCCUAAACGGUACAAAUUACUCAGAGAUUAUAAAGCAAUUGUUGAAGGUCAUAAAACCGACAUAUUGAAGUACUAUGACGAAUAUAUGAGGCUAAAUUUAUUACAAUUCAUUUUGAAGGAUCCUGCUGAACAUGAGAGACUGAAAAUAUAUACAUUUCCUUCAUUCUGGGCCACGUUGCAUAUUCGAGCACCUAUUCCUUGGCACACUAAUAAAGUACUAGCCGAACAUAUGAUGCAGACUCAUUUUUAUUUGGGAAAUAUUAUUGCCAUCAAAGUGAGAAAUUUAUGGUUUGAAAGGUUCGAAGAUAUGUGCAUAGUAACGGUCGAAUCGUUGCAGGAGAAGCAAAGAUUUCCACUUGAACCCAACGUUUUCGAGCAAACAAUGGAUCUUUUGUGUGAUAGAAUAAGACAUCGAAUAGAAGGGGAUUUGAUCACAUCAUGUGCAGAUAUAUUUCUAGAGUACAAAUGGGCAUGGAAGCAGUAUAUUCCUAAGAGGCCUGUUGAAUCCGUGGAUCUGGUAGAGCGAUUCUUCAUUUCCAUCAACAAUUUAUUGACUAUGUUGAUCAGGAAGAUGGUUGUUAAAAGCCUGAAAUAUUUUUUGAACUACAUCCUUCAGUAUAAGGACGGAAAUGAUUAUGGAGAGGAAUAUCAUGAUUUAGCACUCAUUCACCUACCAAUUAUAAGUGUAAAAGCUAAAGGACGUCCAGGCACUAAUGAAAUCUACUUGGACCCUUCUUUACCAGAACUCAAAGAGAUAAUCAAGGGGGCAUUCCUGAAAAUGGUUAGAGUUAACCAGAACAUAUUGAGAGUUGAAAAUAUUAUGUUUCCGGAAUACGCUACCCAAAAGACAUAUCUUACGGCUAUUCCAGAAGAUGAUGAGAUUGUGCUUAGCGUACUGGAGCAAGUUGCGGAAGUAUUUGAGGCUAAUACACUUGGACCGUUCAAAUAUCUGAAACUGUAUGAAAAUUAUUUCUAUAUCUUGAAUGGACAUGCCGAAAAAGAACUGGAGGAUUUUUUCGCCAUGGACCCUUUUCCAUAUUUGAAGGAUUUUUCGAAAAAAAUUAGAGCUUACGAAAAAAAGAAGGAUGAGAUAAUUGACUUGCGAAGGAAUAUUCCUCUGAAUAUGGUCAAUCUGGAUUGCAGUAUAUUGAACGACACCUUGUACAAUAUAGUGGAUGGUCUCAGAACCCAUAUCGUGAAAUAUUUCAUUGAUGAUACCCACACUACGAAUAGAAGAAUAUGUGAUAAGUUCGAUGAAAUGUCUACAAACGUUAGUAUUCAGACAAGUACUGUAGCUGAACUAGUCGCACUGCAAAAUUAUAUAAUUGAAUCAAGAGAUGUCACUAUGUAUAACCUCAAAGAACAGAUUCGAAAAUCCGUGGAGAACAUAAUGUUUCUGAUGGACCAUGCACAUUUGCCAAUGGAAGAAAUUCAUUUGAACUGUAGAACAUUCCUAUGGCCGAAAGAUAUGGAAGUUGUGAUAGAGCUUGCCAUUCAGAGAGUUAAUAUGAAGAGAGACCAAGCAGAAGUAGCACUCAAAAGUAAACGAUCGAUAUUCGACAAUAAAUUGAUAAAACAUGAGAAAUUAGUACACGCAUUCCGAAAGAAGGAUCCUGCAAUUUUAACAAUGGAAGAAAUGGAGGAAAAUGCAAAACUAGUAGAGGAAAUUGUCGGAAAAUUGCAGGAGGACAAAAGAGAGGCAGAAAAUAUAAAUGAAGAGGAACAACUUCUCGAUUUCGAUCCAUCUCCUUUCUUCAAUCUUCAUAAAAUGGUGAACGUACUAGAACCUUAUGAUAAACUGUGGCAUACUGUUUAUGAUUUCCAUUUGAAAUACGAUUUAUGGUAUUACGGGCCAUUCUUGGGUUUGGAUGCUGAAGCAGUAUCAGAAUAUGUUGAGAAUUCUUGGAGAGUGCUUUAUAAGUUAUCAAAGAUGUUGAGUGAUAACCCAGGAGCAAAACGAGUUGCGGAAAUUGUGAGAGCCAAAGUUGAGAAAUUUAGACAAUUCCUUCCAGUCUUGACUACCGUAUGUAAUAAGGGUCUACAAAAACGACAUUGGGAUACGAUUGGUGAGAUUGUCGGAGUUCCCUUGGUAAUAGGUACAGAAUCAACAUUGAACGAGAUGAUAGAAGCUGGUUUACCCAAAUUCUCUGCAAAACUGGAAGAGAUAAGUGGCGCUGCAACGAAAGAAUACGCACUAGAAAAGAAUUUGAAGAAAAUGAAGGAAGAAUGGACAGACAUUCGAUUCGACUGUGUUCCUUAUAGAGAAACGGGGGUUCAUAUAUUGUCAGCAGUCGACGACAUACAAGUUUUGAUGGAUGAUCAUAUUCUCAAAGCUCAGACUAUGCGUGGUUCUCCUUAUGUAAGAGCAUUCGAACAUGAAAUGCAGGCGUGGGAAGAAAAACUGUUGACAAUGCAAGAUAUACUUGAAGCCUGGCUACAGAAUCAAGCAACUUGGAUGUAUCUGGAGCCUAUAUUCAGUUCUGAGGAUAUAAUGAGACAAAUGCCGACCGAGGCUAGAAAUUUCAAAACUGUAGAUAAGAUGUGGAGAGCAGUGAUGGCUAACACAAUUAUAGACACCAGAGUACUUGUAGCUACAGAUUACAAAAGUUUAUUAGUUAUUUUGAGGGAGAAUAAUCGUUUACUGGAUGAAAUACAGAAGGGAUUGAAUGAUUACUUGGAAAAGAAAAGACUAUUCUUCCCAAGGUUCUUCUUCUUAUCCAAUGAUGAACUGUUGGAGAUAUUGUCCGAAACCAAAGAUCCAUUGAGAGUACAGCCUCAUUUGAAGAAGUGUUUCGAAGGAAUAUACCUUCUGGACUUCACUAUGGAUGAAGAAGUGGUAGGAAUGAUAAGCGCAGAGAAAGAAGUAGUACCAUUGAGUGGAAAAAUUAUACCCGCCGAUGCCAAGGGAAUGGUGGAGAAGUGGUUAGUUCAAGUGGAGACCCUCAUGAUUCAAUCACUUAAAGAUAUAACGAGAGAUGCCAUUUAUGCAUAUCCCUCUAUGGACAGGCCUGAAUGGAUAGUUUCAUGGCCAGGUCAAGUUGUUCAGUGUGUUAAUUCAGUACAAUGGACUACGGAUGUAACUGAAUCAAUUCAGAAAGGUCUUUUAGAUGAACAAAUCGAAAAAUGUACAGAUCAGAUUGAGCAGAGCGUCAGAAUGGUUCAGGGAAAACUCGAAGAAGGAAAUAGAUUAACUGUUGAGGCGCUGAUUGUGAUAGAUGUUCACGCACGUGAUAUCGUUAAAGAACUAGCAGAGAGAAAAGUGGAAUCAACGGCAGAUUUCAGCUGGAUUUCACAAUUGCGAUACUACUGGAGAGAUAUGUAUGUGGCUGUUUGUAUGAUUACAACAGAAGUCCUUUACGGAUUCGAAUAUCUUGGAAACUUUGGUAGACUGGUUGUUACACCAUUAACUGACAGAUGUUACAGAACGUUAAUGGGUGCUUUAAAACUGAAUCUCGGAGGUGCUCCAGAAGGUCCAGCUGGAACUGGAAAAACUGAGACAUGUAAGGAUUUGGCGAAAGCUGUGGCCAAGAAGUGUGUCGUUUUCAACUGUUCGGACGGCUUGGACUAUAAAGCGCUUGGGAAAUUCUUCAAGGGUCUAGCUCAAGCGGGAGCAUGGGCAUGCUUCGAUGAAUUCAACAGGAUAGAGUUGGAAGUACUUUCAGUUGUUGCUCAGCAAAUUCUAAGUAUUCAGAUGGCAGUAGCAGCCAAGUUAAAGAAAUUUGUUUUCGAGGGAACUGAAAUAACAUUGGAUCCGACUUGUACUUGCUUCAUAACGAUGAAUCCUGGAUAUGCUGGACGCCAAGAGCUCCCUGAUAAUUUGAAAGUACUGUUCAGAACAGUGGCAAUGAUGGUUCCAGAUUAUGCUUUGAUAGGAGAAAUUUCUUUAUAUUCUUUCGGAUUCGUAGAUGCUAGCAGUCUGGCCCAAAAGAUUGUGCACACGUACAAACUGUGCUCAGAACAAUUGUCGUCACAAAAUCAUUACGAUUAUGGCAUGAGGGCUGUAAAAUCUGUAUUAUUGGCUGCCGGUGCUUUGAAGAAAGCUUACCCAAAUUCACCAGAGGCGCAGUUGGUUUUGAGGGCUAUUAUAGAUGUCAACCUUCCAAAAUUCUUAGCACAGGAUGUACCUUUAUUCGAAGGGAUAUUCGAUGAUCUUUUUCCUGGUGUUGAAAUUCCCAAAUUUGAAAGAGGUGACCUGAUUGAGCAUUUGAGGAAGGAAUUGAUUAAGAAGAAUCUCCAACCAACACCCUGGUUUAUGGAAAAAUGUAUGCAGAUUUAUGAAAUGAUUCUAGUCAGACAUGGAUUGAUGAUUGUUGGAAGACCAAUGGGUGGAAAAACAAUGGCAUAUCAAACCCUUGGGGAUGCCUUAGGAGCCUUGAAUCAAGAUAAAGGCGCAAAACUAAAAGAAAACAAAGUAAUUUAUAGAAUAAUCAAUCCCAAAGCGAUAACUAUGGGACAAUUAUAUGGUCAGUUUGACCCUGCUUCCCACGAAUGGACAGAUGGAGUACUAGCAGUGACUUUCAGGGAAUACGCAAACAGUACAACACCCGAUAGAAAAUGGAUUAUGUUCGAUGGUCCUGUUGAUGCUGUUUGGAUCGAGAACAUGAAUACUGUACUCGAUGACAAUAAAAAGCUUUGUUUGAUGAGUGGGGAGAUCAUUCAAAUGUCCAAUAAGAUGAAUUUGAUAUUCGAACCAGCUGAUUUGGAGCAAGCAUCACCUGCUACUGUUUCAAGAUGUGGUAUGAUUUACAUGGAACCACAACUAUUGGGAUGGGAACCAUUCAAAGUAUCGUAUUUGAAUACGCUGUCGAAAACAUUACUUGUGGAGCAACUAGAAAUUUUGGAUGAACUCAUCGACUGGGUGAUGCCUACGAGUCUUAGAUUCAUUACUAGAAAAUGCAAGAGAUUUGUGGAAACAUCCGAAAUUCAUCAAUUUUUUACAUUCACCCGUUUGUUCACUUGCAUGCUCGCUGGAGAACAACAGGUCAGUACAAUAUGGCUGCAGUCAGUGUUCCUAUUCUGCAUAGCGUGGGGAUUAGGAUCGACACUUACUUCUGAUGGGCAGAAGGCUUUCGAUGUGUUCUUCAGGAAACUGUUGAAUGGGGACAACAAAAAUCAUCCGAAACCAAAAUCGUUCAAAUUGACGAAAAAUCAGAUUUUCCCAGAUCGUUUCAAUAUGUACGAAUGGAUUUAUGAGAAAAAGAAUAAUGGGCAGUGGACGCUAUGGGCUGAUACUGUUGAUAAAAUCCAACAAAUUCCAGCUACUGCUAAAGUGAGCGAACUCAUCAUCACAACGAAUCAAUCCUGCUUGCAGAGAUUUUUCCUAAAGAUGUGUAUGUCCAAAGAAAUACCCAUACUAUUUGUAGGUCCAACUGGUACUGGAAAAACAGCGGUGGUAUUAGAUAAUUUGAUCAAUCUACCCAAAGAGAAAUACCUUCCUAACGUGUUGAAUUUUAGCGCAAGGACGAAUUCUACAAUGACUCAAGAGAUGGUAAUGGCUAAGUUGGACAAAAGACGGAGAGGUGUUUUCGGACCUUCAAUGGGGAAAAAAUGUGUUCUUUUUGUGGAUGAUGUUGGAAUGCCACAAAAAGAGCAGUGGGGAGCUCAACCGCCUAUAGAAUUAUUGAGACAAUGGAUAAACCACGGACAUUGGUUUGCCAGAGAUACAGCAAUGCUUCAUAUAGUGGAUGUGAUGUUCGUCGGAGCUAUGGGACCUCCAGGAGGAGGAAGAAAUGAGGUUACCGAUCGAUUUCUGAGACAUAACGUCAUUAUUUGUUUGGAUUCUUUUGACGAUAACACCUUAUCAAAAAUUUUCACAACAAUCAUGGAAUGGCACUUGGCAAAAGGGUUUGAAGAACCAGUUGCUAGACUUUCGAAGUUUUGCGUUACUGCAACCAUGGAGGUUUUUAAAGAAGCUACAGUAAAAUUUUUACCCACUCCAGCCAAAUCCCAUUACACAUUUUCUCUGAGAGAUUUCUCGAGAGUCAUCAAUGGUUUGCUUCUGACUCCCCCUGUCGCUAUGGAUGAUCCAGAUAAAUUCGUUAGAUUAUGGAUCCAUGAAUGUUAUAGAGUUUUCCAUGAUCGUCUCAUCGAUGAGGGCGAUAGAAUAACACUUUUUGAUAUCGUGAGGCAUGCCUGUUAUGAGAAUUUCCGUCAACAUAUACAGAAAGUUUGUGCGAACCUUCUUGCAGAAGAGGAGGAUAAGAUUGCUCCACAUCAUAUAAGAAAGUUAUUCUUUGGAAAUUUCCUUUUUCCUGAUGCCACUACAAAAAUAUACGAUGAGAUCACCGAUAUGGACGAUCUUCUGGAAAAAAUGGAGUACUAUCUUAACGAAUACAAUCUUAUCUCCAAAUCCCCAAUGAACUUGGUCAUGUUUCAAUUUGCAAUUGAGCAUGUUUCGAGAGUAUCGAGAGUUCUUACACAGCCAAAUGGAAACUGCCUUCUGGUAGGAAUUGGUGGAUCUGGAAGACACAGUGCAGUUAAAAUGGCCUCAUUCAUGGCAGAAUACGGAGUAUUUGAGAUCGAAUUGAGCCGGAAUUAUGGAAUAGUUGAGUGGCGAGACGAUUUAAAAAAAUUAUUAUUGAAAGCUGGUGCAGAAGGGAAAACCACAACAUUUUUAUUUGCCGACACUCAAAUUGCAGAUGAGCUCUUCAUAGAAGAUAUAAAUACAGUACUGAAUACAGCAGAUGUACCAAAUUUGUAUGCACCAGAUGAAAAAGGCGAUAUAUUGGAAAAAAUGCAAGCUGCUGCAAAAGAUUCGCCAAAGAAAAUUGAUUCGACGCCGUUAGCUUUAUACAACUUUUUCAUUGAAAGAGUAAAAACUAAUUUGCAUGUGGCUUUGUGCAUGAGUCCAAUCGGUGAUGCUUUCAGAAUAAGAUGUCGAAUGUUCCCCUCAUUGAUAAAUGGCUGCACAAUAGAUUGGUUCACAAAGUGGCCAGAUGAUGCCUUGGAAAGGGUUGCCGAUAUGUUCCUUUCGGAAACUGAUAUUAACAAAGAUAUGGUAGUUAAGUGCGUAUCGAUUUGUCAGUAUUUUCACGUGACAGUUCAGGAACUAUCGGAUAGAUUUAAAAGUGACAAGAGAAGAAUAACUUAUAUCACUCCAACUUCUUAUUUGGAACUGAUUCAAACAUUCAAAAGUUUGUACUACUUGAAGGUAGAACAGAUUACGACACAACGUAACAGAUAUGAAACUGGAUUGGACAAACUGGAUUUUGCCGCAGGACAAGUCAGUAUAAUGCAAGACGAAUUGAGGGAACUGCAGCCAAAACUGAUUGUAGCUUCCGCAAAAACGGAUAAAUUGAUGAUCAAAAUCGAGCAGGAUACCGUACUCGUUGAAAAACAGAAAGAGAUAGUAGGAGCCGACGAAGCAGUUGCCAAUGAAGCAGCUGCUGCUGCUCAAGCAAUUAAAGACGACUGUGAAUCAGAUUUAUCCGAAGCAAUACCGGCUUUGGAAGCUGCUUUAGAUGCAUUGAAUACCCUGAAACCAGCAGAUGUCACUAUUGUGAAAUCCAUGAAAAAUCCACCAUCAGGUGUUAAAUUGGUGAUGGAAGCGGUCUGUGUCAUGAAGCAAGCAAAACCUGAUAGAAAACCCGAUCAAGCUACUGGCAAAAUGGUGGAAGAUUGGUGGGGACCAUCUCUGAAACUAUUGGGUGAUAUGAAGUUCCUUGAUUCACUAAAGACCUACGAUAAGGACAAUAUCCCUGCACCAGUGAUGAAGAGGAUAAGAGAUAGAUUCAUGACUGAUCGUGAAUUCGAUCCAGACCGUAUCAAGAGUGUUUCGACAGCCUGUGAAGGAUUAUGUAAAUGGGUGAGAGCUAUGGAAGUUUACGACCGAGUCAUCAAGAUUGUAGCUCCUAAAAAAGCACGGUUGGAGGAAGCCGAGGGCGAAUUAGCUGUGCUUAUGGAAACUUUGAAUGCAAAAAGAGCACAAUUACAAGAGGUUACGGAUAAAUUACAAGCUUUGAAUGAUGAACUUGCUACUGAGACUAGGAAAAAGAAGGAAUUGGAAGAUUCCAUAAAUUUAUGUUCUCAAAAAUUGGACAGAGCAGAGAAACUGAUUGGUGGAUUGGGAGGAGAGAAGACUCGAUGGUCUGACACUGCCAAAUCACUUCUUGAACUACUUGGUAAUGUUAUAGGAGACGUGAUGUUGUCCGCUGGAACUAUAGCUUACCUGGGUCCCUUUACUGUAGAUUUCCGACAAGAAAUCAUGAAGAAGUGGAAUGUAUUCGCCAAGAAUUCUGGGAUCCCUUGUUCCGAUGUAUUCUCUUUGGUCACCACCAUGGGUGAGCCAGUUCUGAUUAGAGCUUGGAACAUUGCUGGUCUACCCGUUGAUAACUACAGUAUUGAAAAUGGAAUUAUUGUUAAAGAAGCAAGAAGGUGGCCCCUGAUGAUUGAUCCACAAGGUCAAGCAAAUAAAUGGAUAAAAAAUAUGGAAAAGUACAACAAAUUGGCGGUAAUCAAGCUGACCGACUCCAAUUAUACAAGAAUCCUUGACAAUGCCAUCACAUUCGGCACUCCAGUAAUGUUGGAGAAUGUGAAUGAAGAAAUUGAUGCUGUAUUAGAUCCUGUUCUUGCUAAAAACAUGUUUAAACAGCAAGGAGUGUGGUAUCUGAAAUUUGGCGAUAAUGUUCUUGAAUACAAUUUCGAUUUCCGAUUCUACAUAACCACAAGAUUGAGAAACCCUCACUACUUGCCUGAGUUGGCAGUCAAAGUAACACUACUGAACUUCAUGAUAACUCCCCAAGGUCUUCAGGAUCAACUAUUGGGAAUAGUAGUAGCAAAAGAAAGACCAGAGUUGGAAGAAAAGAAGAACGCAAUAAUAAUCGAAAGUGCUAAUAAUAAGAAAACUUUGAAAGAGGUGGAAGAUAAGAUAUUGGAGGUGUUGUCAUCUUCUGAAGGAAAUAUUUUGGAGGAUGAAACAGCCAUUAAGAUUUUAUCCUCCAGUAGGGUACUAUCAGAAGAAAUACAAAACAAACAGAAAAUGGCUGAAGUAACUGGCAAAGAGAUUGAUUUUGCUAGAAAUCAAUAUAUUCCAGUUUCCAAGCAUUCGUCCAUUUUGUUUUUCUGUAUUUCAGAUAUGGCAAAUAUUGAUCCGAUGUAUCAGUAUUCUCUGAACUGGUUUAUAAAUCUUUAUAAUCAAGCCAUUAUAAAUAGUACAAAAUCCCAAGUGCUGGAAGAGCGAAUUGGUUACCUGAACAAUUAUUUCACAAACAGCAUAUAUAGAAAUAUUUGCAGAUCACUCUUCGAGAAAGAUAAGCUGAUUUUCUCAUUUGUCUUGACUGUCGGCAUUCGAAGAGCUGAGCAACUCAUAGACGAAGAAUGUCUAGCAUUCUUACUGACAGGAGGUGUGGCUUUAGAUAACCCAUAUCCAAAUCCUGCUCCUGAAUGGUUGUCGGAAAAAUCCUGGUCUGAAGUUGUUAGAUCCAGUAAUCUAAAAGGCUUGGAAGGUUUCAGAGAUUCAGUACAAAAAAAAAUUGCUGCUUGGAAAGAGUUUUAUGACGUAUCAAACCCGCAUGAGACCGCUAUGCCAGAACCUCUGGAUGGAAUUAGAGGAUUACAACGAUUAGUUGCUCUUCGAUGUAUUCGUCCAGAUAAAGUUGUACCGGGAGUUCAGAUGUACAUAGUUGAUGAAAUGGGACAGACUUAUCUAGAACCACCUCAAUUCAAUAUUGAAGAAUCUUAUAAUGACAGCAAUUGCUGCUCUCCUCUAAUCUUCAUACUGUCAGCCGGAUCAGAUCCUAUGGCUGGUUUGGUCCGUUUCGCCGCAGACAAGGGAAUUCCCAAAACAAAAUUGUUCACAAUAUCUUUAGGACAAGGUCAGGGUCCAAUAGCUUCUGGAAUGAUCAACACAGCCCUUCAAACUGGUCAGUGGGUUGUCCUUCAGAAUUGCCAUUUAGCUGAGAGUUGGAUGAGAGAAUUGGACAGGAUUUGUGAUGAGGUUAUAGUUCCUGAUAACACAGAAAUUCAUUUCCGUUUAUGGUUGACGAGUUAUCCCAGUAGGGCGUUUCCAGUUGCUAUCUUACAGAAUGGUGUUAAGAUGACGAACGAGGCUCCUAAAGGACUGCGUCAGAACUUGAUAAGAUCAUACAUGUCUGACCCUAUUUCUGAUCCAACAUUUUAUGAAUCCUGUCCGAACUGGAGAGCAUUCCAAACACUCCUAUUUGCUCUGUGUUUCUUUCAUGCUUUAGUCCAAGAAAGAAGAAAAUUUGGACCAUUGGGUUGGAACAUUCCAUACGAGUUCAACGAAUCUGACCUGCGCAUAUGUGUCAUACAGUUGCAGAUGUUCUUAACUGAUUAUAAGGAAGUUCCAUUUGAAGCAUUAACAUAUCUAACAGGAGAAUGCAAUUAUGGUGGACGGGUAACUGAUGACAAGGAUAGAAGGCUGCUGAAUUCUCUUCUUAGUAUUUUUUACACUCCUGACACAGUUAUUACCCCACUAUACGAAUUUUCUUCGAGCGGUAUAUACUAUGUUCCACAAGACACUACGUAUGAAGGAUGUGUGAAUUACAUAAAAUCCCUACCCUUGAUACCGCUUCCUGAGGUUUACGGCCUGCACGAAAAUGCUGAUAUCACAAAGGAUAAUCAAGAGACCAUAACGCUCCUGAGUGGUGUCUUAUUAACUCAAACACAAUUGAUAGCUGGAGGUGCUGGAGAGGAUACACAAGGCGCUAUAAUAGAAUUGGCGAAUGAUAUUUUGGAGAAAAUCCCUCCUCAGUUCGAUAUAUUAGACGUUAGCGAAAAAUUCCCUGUGAUGUACUCAAACUCUAUGAACACUGUGCUGCGUCAGGAACUGAUAAGAUUCAAUCGACUAAUUGCUGUUGUGGUGAGAACGCUGAGAGAUAUGGUGAAAGCAGUGAAAGGAUUGGUCGUUAUGUCAUCUGAACUGGAAGAAGUGACGAAUUCCUUGGUGAUUGGCAAAGUACCAGAUGCUUGGGCGUCCAAAAGUUAUCCCAGCCUGAAGCCUUUGGGUUCCUAUGUCACAGAUUUAUUACUCAGAUUGAAAGUUUUUCAAGAUUGGAUCGCACAAGGACCAUCAAAUGUUUUUUGGCUUUCUGGAUUCUAUUUCACACAAUCAUUUUUGACUGGAGUUCUCCAGAAUUUCUCUAGGAAGAAAAAACUUCCAAUAGAUUGGAUACAUUUUGAAUUUUACACUACUGGGUAUGAGUCUGAUACCAAAGACAUUCCAGAAAUUGGUGUGUACACUAAAGGAUUGUUCUUGGAAGGAGCUCGCUGGGAUAGAGAAUUGAUGAUGCUGAAUGAAUCAUAUCCGAAAAUUCUUUUCGAUGUGGUUCCGAUAAUGUGGCUCAAACCUGCUGUGAAAGCUGAAUACAAUCCUCCACCUCAUUACGAUUGUCCUGUAUAUAAAACAUCGGCAAGAAGGGGUGUUCUUUCGACAACCGGUCAUUCUACGAACUUCGUGAUGUUCACAACUUUCGAUUCUGAUCAGCCCCAAAACCACUGGAUCAAUCGGGGAGUAGCAUGCCUUUGUCAACUAAAUGACUGAGUAAUCACUUCUGCUAAAAAUUAAACAUCAAUAUUUUUACUGAUUUGUGUAAGAUAUAAUAUAAUUAAUUAUACAGAUAUUAUUUUGUUGAA